AUGAAACUUAAUUUAGACUCGGCUGAGUGUCCUCUUGAUGCCAACCUGGAAAAGGUGAUUCCUGGGCUCUUUCAGUGGCAGUCAAGCAAUGCCGCUUCUGUUGACCGAGUAGAGGAGAAGGUGGAUGCUUUGACAAACACCAUGAAAGGGCACUUUGUGGAGCUACACGAGCGACAGGUGCAGUUGGGCUCUGACCAGAAGAGAGAACUAGCAUCAGCAUUUAUGGAUGCGGCACAAACUUUAUUGGCAAAGGCUGCUUUGGACGAUGUCGCGGCUUCUUCCAGUCCAGCGAGGGAUGGCACUGUGGAGCCUGCUGUAGGCGAUACAGCAACUGUGACACAACAAUCACCGGAGCAGCUGCCUUCACCGGUUCAACCAAGACAACUGGCGCCUAUGGAUUUAGAGCCGGCUUUACCCCAAGGCCGAAUCACGAAGAAAGGUCAACCACUACCACACCACCUUGCUUUUUACAGGAUGACGCAGAAGCACCUGCUGCUCAAGGAGUUAGUGGACGAGUGGCUUGGAGAAGGCAAGUUUGGUAAGAAGGAAGAUGGGUCGAAAGAAGAGUACGGUGGAAUCCAAGGUCGCGAUAAGCUGUUUGGCACUAAAUGGCGACCUCACCUCAACAAGAAACACAUUUCCAGAACCAAAAUGACGUACGAUGCUCUGGUGGCUUAUGGGGAUCGCCAUGGUUUGUGUCUUAACGAUGUUUGCGAUCGACUCCAGGAGACUUAUGCAACAACCUGUAAAUGCAGUGUCGCCAAUUUUGUUGAAUGGGCAAAGAAACCAAGCAACGAUGGUAGAGAAGCGCCGCUGCUUGCUACUGGAAAAUCGCGUGGACGUACCAAAAAGGCUGCAAACAGCGACAACAACAACCGCUAG